CGAAGCCCAGCAAACUACCUCUUGGAGCCAUGUCUCCGUUGUCAUUUCACUUUUCAGGGUUUAGAGCAAAGUUCAAUUGAAGACUUUACUUACAUUUUGUUAAGCGGAGUGAAAGUGUCCUGCUGACCUUUUGAAGUGAAAGUCUACAUUGUUACUUGAACGUACAUAUGCGGUGCACCCGUGGGAUUGUGAUUCUGCAUCAAGUGUGAAGACAAGGAGAAGAUGUGAGGUAAGAUGUGAGGCUAAGACAUGACUGCACAAGGAAGAAGAAGAAAGAGAAGAAGCGUUUGAAAGGACAAUCCAAGUAAGAUGCACUGGUUCAUUUGUGCUUACCUUUUCCUGGCGGCACCGUGCACAUGCUUUCUCCCCAACUUUUGGUCUCGGGUGUUGACGCUGUCCUGGGAUUCGCACACACACCAGUACAUCACUGAGCAGGCUAUCCUCAAUGUCACCUUGGAGACUCUGAGGGACAUCCAUAAAUACAAGGAACACCAUGCUGAGGAAGAGACCAGUCUGGGGCGAGGGUUCUGGAGAGCCAUGGGAGAGGUGGUGAAUGCCAAUGCAGAGAUGGACUUCCUGAGCUCUACCAAGUCCGACCCUGUGUACCACUUUGAUUCCGAGCGCGUGGACAGUGCCAUAGCAAUGCUGCGGAGGUUCUGGGCUCAUACGCUGCUGUCAGUACGGGCCCAUGAGCACCAAAGUGCCCGUCACAGCUUGGGCCAACUAUUUCACUCCUUGCAGGACUUCUACAGCCACAGUAACUGGGUGGAGAUGGGUCAGCGCUCGGUUUACCUGCACCUGUUGCAGCCUGAGGAGCCAGCUGUCCCUGUGGCUGAAGGUGACACACCCACCUGUAUGGAGUGCUUUAGUGCCACCUGUCGAAACAACCUACUUCCGAGACUGACAAACACAAAGCGAGACGACCAGAUGCUUACAACCGGCUACUUCAGCAAUUUCCCUCCAAAACCUGAAGGCAAAUGCAGCCAUGGAGGCAUUCUGGACAGCAGUCGCUCUAUAGGAGCCAAAGGGGGCAUCAACAAGGACAGCACUUCCCCGGUCUUCUCCCCUCAUCAUUACCUCCACGUGAAAGCGGCGAUGCUGGCAUCUGAAGCCACGCUGACAGUACUGAGAGACCUCAGAGACACAGUGGGACACAAGACCUUCCUCAGGCUUUUUAGCGUGAAGCAGGUCCCAGCGCUGGUCUUUGUCAUGGACACCACAGGGAGCAUGUUUGAGGAAAUCACAGCGGCUCGCCUGCGGUCUCAUACCCUCAUCCAGAAUAGAGCCAGCCACCCUGGACAACCCGGCAGCUUUGUGUUGGUACCCUUCCAUGACCCUGAGGUGGGACCAGUGUACGAGACGGAUGACCCCAACCAGUUUAUGCAGCACAUGGAGAACUUAAUGGCGCUGGGAGGAGGAGACGAACCAGAGAUGUGCUUCACAGCCAUUCAGCUGGCUCUCUCUCACAGUCCGCCCCUGUCCGAAAUCUUUGUGUUCACUGACGCCUCCCCCAAGGACGCCCACUUGUUUGACGUGGUGAAGGCCCUGGCGCUUGCCAAACAGAGCAAAGUGACAUUUCUCCUGACUGAAGACCCCAAUCAUGCCACAGAGAGCACAGAAAGGAAGAGGAAGAAGAAGAAAAGGAAAAGGAGGAAUAGAGAAUCUUUGCCCCCUGAUCGGUUCUCCCUCUACAUGUCCCUGUCAUCUUUAUCUGGAGGACUGACGAUAUUCACCAGCAACUCUGACAUACACAGCGUCUCCUCUAUUGUGGAGGACAACACAGCAGCUGACAAGGUGACUCUUCUCUAUCUCAAGACGGACCAGGACCAGAGGUCUUCACACUCCUUCAGAGUUGACAGCUCUGUAAAAAACGUGACCUUACACAUUACUGGCCUUCUGACAGAGUGCAUCCUUGUCGAUCCUUCAGGCCACAGCCAGUCUCUGCUGAGCGAGGAAGGCUCUCUGGCUGACUUCCAGCCCUUCAGUGGUCUGUACCGCGUUCGUCUGCGUCCUCCUAUCCAGCCGGGUCAGUGGCACCUGCAAGCCACAGCUGAUGGACACAUAACAUUCAACGUAAUAGCUGAUAGCCGUGUGGAUUUCCUGUAUUAUUUUGCCACUGUAACCAAUGACCCACACCCUGGACUGGCCAGAGUGGACGGCGGCCCUGUCGCAGGUGUUCCAGCCUUCCUGGUGCUGGCAGUGACGGGCCUGGCUCCUCACCAGGAAGUUUCCUUUAGUCAUGUGACGUUGCUGGGCGCUGAAGGGGAGAGCCUGAAGCAAGUGUUACUAAAUUCCUCCUCCACGUCUGCGUCAUCUUCUUUGUCAAGCUACGCUGCCGAGGAGCUGGUUGGAUGGGUGGAUUCCAUUCCCAGAGUUCCCUUCUGUGUUCGCCUCACGGGACGUGACGGCGAAGGAAACAAGUUGGAGAGGGUUGCCACGGAAAUGGUACAGCCCACUCGUGUCCAGAUACAGGUUCUAUCUGCCCCUCCUCUGGUGCCUGGUCACAGCACCAUGGUGGACUUCCACAUCAUGAACCACGGCCCAGACAGACUCUUCAGUUUGAUGGCUGAAGAUGACUCCGGGUAUCUUCAUACAAGAGGACCUCACAGGUUCCACAUUGGUGCCAACAAGCUUUUCCCCGGUCAGGUGGGCUUUCACACACCCUCCACGGCUCAGGCAGGAGCAACUGUCACCCUGACGCUUUCAGUGCACGCUCUUGAUUCUGCUGACACAAAUUACGCGGUGGCAUACCUGACAGUGGUUCCUCCAGACCCUGACACCUCCCCUCCAUUCUGCUCCACCACACAAGUGCAGUCCUCCUGUUUUCUGGCUUGCAAUGACUCCACCUGGAGCGUGUCUUUGGCUCUGUCAGACAGGGGGCGUUCUGGCCUUGCUGCCCUCCAACUACUGCGAGGACAAGGCACUUUGACAAUAUUCCACAUCCCCCCGCCUGCAGAGGACAACACGGGCAAAGGUCAGCCCCAGCAGCACGAGGUUAUAUUAGUAGAAGGAGAAGCCCCCUUAAAUGUGUCCAAGUGGGCUGUCGGCUCAUCUCAGCCACUGUGGGUGAGGUACACGUCCAGCUGCUGCUCUGCCCAGGCUGAGCUGCUGGUGUGGGACGCAGUUGGAAACAUGAAGCGCUGCCAUCUUGCAUCUGGUCAGCAAAGAGAGCUCAGUGAUACAAGGACAGAAAGUAGUGCAAGCAGAUCUGUGACACCCACUGGCUUCUUUUUCUUCUUCUUCUUCUUCUUCUUAGAUGCUUUAGUGGGGACACUGGAGCAUAUUGCUGCAUCAAUUGAGAUAAAAAAAUCUGUUUUUUUGUAAUAGAUACCUACUGCAUUAAAAACGGCACUUUUUUUUUUUGAGGAAGUGUUGACUCACAUUGUAAUUGCCAGCUGCAAUUUCCACUCUAACAAACGUCUCACCAUGAAGCAUUUUUUUAUUCGCGGAUAACAAAAAAAUCAUAAUUGGUAUGGCUUAGGCUUUGAUGACAGUAUUAAAACAAUAUUUGUUCUGUUAAUAUGCUAAGGACUGCAAAUAAAUUGACAUAUUAC